AUGAUACAAAAGAUUACUUCGAUCAACAUCAAUCGUUUUGUGAAUAAUGAUGUUUCCGAACUCCAACAAUCCAACCGUAGUCCAAUAUACGGUUACCAGCAUUUAUCCGCUAUGACUUUAGAACAAGCUGUAAAAGAAAUCAUUCCAUUAGUUUCUGGUCUUGCAGAUUAUGUUGCUCAAGCUAAACAAAAUUGUAAUCGAAAGUCGCAUCUGAUAACAUGGGAUGAAUCAGCAGCAAUUUAUCUUUACUCAAUGCAAACAGAUCUCUUUACCAUGCUCAACAAAGCACUUCGGAAUGAAAAUCGACAUGUACUGAAACCAUGGUUUGCCUUCUUAAAACUAUUCCUUACUGCACUAGAAAAAUUACCAUCGUUUAACGAUACUGUUUGGCGGGGAGUUUCAGGUGAUGUCGAUUCCAAUUUUGUGAAAAAUACUGUGCAAACUUGGUGGAGCGUGAAUUCAUGUUCGAAAGCUCUCAAUGUCGUUGAAGCAUUUGUUGGCGGAAAGGGAGUCGUGUUUGCCAUAAAUGUGAUACACGGUAAAGAUAUUUCUGCUUACUCGGCGAUUCAAGACGAGCAAGAAGUCAUCAUUAUUCCUGGAACUCGUGUAUGUGUGAAGAGCGACCCUCUCAACUUUAACAACUGUCUUUUAAUUGUUCAUUUGGAAGAAGAGCCUACAUCGGAUCGAACCAUAGAAAGGUUGGUUCAUUCAUAA